AUGGGAAAUUGUGCUACUUGUGAUGAUCCAUCAAUUUAUGAGAAUGUAAAACCGGUUAAAAAUAAAAUAAAUUUAGAAAACUAAGAGAAUAUUUAAUAACUCACUCCUAAGAGUAAAUUAUCUUAGAGUAUAGUUAAAUCAGAAAAUCCUAGUUUGAUUGUUUAAUAACAUAUUAGGUAAAAUAAUAGUUAAUUAUUUAUAGAUAAGAUCUAAAGAUAUUAGAAUCAAUGCCAGAUUUUACUAAUUAAAAUACAAAAGCCUUACUAGAAAGAUUAUAAUAAUUUAAUUACGAUCAAAAUGAACUAUUUGAAUUUAAAUAACUUCCUUUUUAUGGACCAGUCGAAAUGGAACCUAAUGUAUUUUAUUAUGGCCAAUGGAAAAAUGGACUCAGACAUGGAAGAGGUAAGUAAGUUUGGGUUGAUGGUUCUAUAUAUGAAGGAUAUUGGUUUUAAGAUAAAGCUUGUGGAAAUGGAAGAUUGAUUCAUGCAGAUGGAGAUCUUUAUGAAGGAAAAUGGUUAAAUGAUAAAGCUCAUGGUUAUGGAAUUUAUCAUCAUAAGGAUGGAGCAUUUUAUAAAGGAGAAUGGUAUGAAGAUUAAUAACAUGGAUAUGGUCUAGAAAAAUGGUCUGAUGGUUCUAUGUUUGAAGGAACAUAUAAUAAUGGUAUGAAAGAUGGUAAUGGUAAAUUUAAUUGGCCAGAUGGUAGUUGUUAUAUUGGAGAAUUUAUAAAUAAUAAUAUCCAUGGAAAGGGACACUAUUCUUGGGCUGAUGGAAGAGUGUAUGAGGGUGAUUGGAAAGAAAAUUAGAUGGAAGGAAAAGGGGUAUUCACUUGGUCUGAUGGAAGGUACUAAUACAUAUUAAUAACAUAGAAAAUAUAUAGGAGAAUAUGUUGAUGAUAAGAAAGAUGGAUAUGGAGAAUUUUAUUGGCCUGAUGGAAGAGUCUAUAAAGGUCAAUGGAAGGAUGGUAAAUAACAUGGAAAGGGAAAAUAUAAAGGAAUAAAUAAUGUCUUGAGGGAAGGAGAAUGGAUAGAAGGAAAAUUAUAAAAAUGGAUAUAAUGAA